AUCGAGUAUCAAAGGUUUGCAAGGUCUUCCUCAGAGGGAGGAAUAAGAAGUUACAUAAGAGUAUCAUGGACACUGUUGCUCCACAUGUACUCAUAGUUGAUGACACCUUUGUUGAUCGCCUUGUGGCAUCUCGAGUCUUAAAGAAUUGUAACAUUCAAGUGACAAUUGUGGAGGGCCCAAAGCAAGCCUUGGAAUUUCUAGAUGUGGAGAAUGAUGUAAAUCUAAUUCUAACUGAUUAUUGUAUGCCUGGUAUGACGGGGUAUGAUCUUCUGCUGGAGGUGAAGGAAUCACCAAAGCUAAAGCAUAUCCCUGUGGUGAUCAUGUCCAGUGACAACAUCCCUGAAAGGAUGCAAAAGUGCUUGGAUGCAGGGGCCAAGGAGUAUAUCAUAAAGCCUAUCAAAGCAGUUGAUGUGCCCCGUAUUUUGAGCUACAUUUGAUAAGAAGAUGAGGGCAAAGAAAAAAGGAACAAAAGAACUCACUAUAGGGUUCUAUUUUCAAUUAUCUAGAAAUUAUUCCAAGAAGUCCUUGCAUGGUCUUCUUUUAUUUCUUCAUCAUCAUCAAAUCUAUGUAUUUUGCUUCAACUUCAAUUAGAUAAUUUGUGUUUUUUUCCAAAAGUUGUUUGUAUCUUAGAUCCAUAUGAUGUAUGAUAUCUUAUAAGCUUAAUAUGAUGAUGGAUCA